AGCCCAAACCCCUCAGCCUGGAUCGUUUUGUUCUCUCCUCCCCCAACUGGCUCCCUGACUCCUGUUCUCUCUGCUGCUUUCCCCAGUGCUGGACCAGCUCCUCCCGGAGCUCAGCUUGCUGCUCAAGUUGCUGGAUCAUGAGUACCUGAGCGCUACCACCAUGGAGAAGAAACUGGCCGUCUCCACUAUCCUGCAAAAGCUGCAGCCCCCUGCAGGGAAGCCUCUGGACUACAUGUACGUGAACACUGCAGCCCUGCAGAACAGCACCAGCUUCGUGGAGUCCCUCUUUGAAGAGUUUGACUGUGAUCUGCGGGAUCUCCAGGAUAUGCAGGAGGAUGAUGGGGACACCAGCGAGGGCAUUGGCUUGGAGCUCACAAGGAGCCAUCCAUCUAAAAAUGCUCCCAGAGACCCUCCUCCACCACUUCCCACAACCCCCCCACCUGAAGAUUACUACGAGGAGGCCCUGCCUCUGGGCCCAGGCAAGGCCCCUGAAUACAUCACCUCACGCAAUAGCUCCAGUCCCCCCAACUCAAUCGAGGAUGGCUACUAUGAGGACGCAGACAGCAACUACCCUGUUACCAGGAUGAAUGGGGAGCAGAAAAACUCCUACAAUGACUCUGAUGCGAUGAGCAGCUCCUAUGAGUCAUACGAUGAAGAGGAGGAGGAUGGGAAGGGCCAGCGGCUGACACACCAAUGGCCGUCAGAGGAAGCUUCUAUGAACCUGGUGAAGGACUGCAGGAUUUGUGCCUUCCUGUUGCGUAAGAAGCGCUUUGGGCAGUGGGCCAAGCAGCUGACAGUCAUCAAGGACAACAAACUCCUGUGCUACAAAAGCUCCAAGGACCGGCAGCCACACCUGGAGGUGCCCCUGAGCGCCUGCAGCGUCAACUAUGUGUCCAAGGACGGGCGCCGCAAGAAGCAUGAGCUGCGCUUCUCUCUGCCAGGGGCUGAGGCUCUGGUGCUGGCAGUGCAGAGCAAAGAGCAGGCUGAGGAGUGGCUGAAGGUGAUAAAGGAAGGGAGCAGUGCCAGUGGAGGAGGAACAGGUGGGACUGAAGACCCUACAUCGCCCGUGCUGCAUUGCAAGAUGGACCUUGACAAGAGGUUAUCGCAAGACAAACAGACGUCUGACUCGGACAGCAUGGCAGCAGGGGAGAACUGCACCCCCAUGAGCCGAAGGGAGCGCGGAAAAGGCAAGAAGAGCGGCUUGGCUGAACUGAAGGGCUCGGUGAGCCGGGCAGCCGGGAGGAAAAUCACCAGGAUCAUCAGCUUCUCCAAAAAGAAGCCAUCCCCUGAGGACACCCAGACGUCCUCCACCGAGGAGGACAUCCCCUGCUGUGGUUACCUGAAUGUCCUGGUUAACCAGUGCUGGAAGGAGCGUUGGUGUUGCUUGAAAGGCAACACGCUCUAUUUCCACAAGGACCGCUCCGACUUGCGGACGCACAUGAAUGCCAUCGUCCUGCGUGGCUGUGAGGUGGUGCCAGGCCUGGGCCCUAAACACCCGCUUGCUUUCCGCAUCCUUCGCAGUGGGCAGGAGGUCUCUGCCUUGGAGGCAAACUGCUCUGAAGAUCUGGGCCGCUGGCUCGGCCUCCUGCUGGUUGAGACUGGCUCCCAGAAAACCCCGGAGGCCUUGCACUAUGACUACGUGGAUGUAGAGACAAUAGCCAACAUAGUCACCGCUGUGAGACACUCCUAUCUGUGGGCCAGCGCCUCCCAUGAGAGCCAGGCUGACUCCUCCCGGGUGGUGUAUGAUGACGUCCCCUACGAGAAGGUGCAGGCAGAGGAGCCACCGCGGCCGUCGGGGGCCCAGGUGAAGCGGCAUGCCUCGUCCUGCAGUGAGUCGUCACGCCGCGUGGACCCGCAAGUCAAAGUCAAAAGACAUGCAUCAAAUGCCACCCAGUACAAGUAUGGGAAGAACCGGGCCGAGGAGGACGCCAGGAUGUUCCUGACGGAGAAAGAGAAGCUGGAGAAGGAGAGAGCUUCUAUCCGGAAUGAGUUGGUGACCCUGCGGAAGGAAAAGAGGGAGCUCCGGGAGGCCAUGAAAAGCAGCACAGGGAGGCAGCUGAAAGAGCUGGAGGAGCAGGUGGUGGCCCUGGAGGAGCAGUGCAAAGGGAAGGAGGAGCAGCGCGUGGACCUAGAGCUCAAGCUGACGGAGGUGAAGGACCGGCUGAAACAGUCGCUAGCAGGAGGGCCAGCUCUGGGGCUCACCGUGACCAGCAAAGCUGAAAAUGGGGAGACUGGAAAUAAGCCAAAUGGGAACCCCACGGAGCACUUGGUCCCGGUGAACUGUGCAGCGGAAAUGAGGAAGAGGAGCCCCUCCAUCCUCCCUGCCAACAAGGGGAAAGUGCUGCAGAAGGCUAAGGAGUGGGAGAUGAAGCAAACCUAACUGGGGCAGCCAGGCCUCACCUGCAGCGAACAGACUCGGGCCCUGGGACACACUGAAGAGCCGCAAGCCCCUUUUCCCCAGGGAGAGUGGAAGAGGAUUCUGGCAAGCAUGGAUCUCCAGCAGGGGGAUGGGGGCAUGGGGAAAGCACCCACCUUCUAAUGGUGGGGACGUUUGGCAAGCAGACAAGAUUGGGUGUUGGGGAGAGGGGAGGGAUAUUUGGGAAUGGGGGGGAAUCUUUCAAGAGUAAGGCUCCCAUGCAGCUGGAAUGCCCAGCUCUGGGGAGGAGCACCCCACUAGGACUGGGACGUUAGCGAUCCCCAUUGAUGUAUUUUGCUCUUGGUAACUAACAGAAACAUGGGGGAGCGUGAGCUAGGGGAGAGUGCAGGUAACUCAGAGUCAGAGCACCUGGCUUCUAUUCUUGAUUGCACCACAGGUGGUCUGUGACUAGAUUGUGCUUUACCUCCUGCUGCUCAGUUUCCUCCCUCUGUCAAAUGUGGGUCAGUAUGAUCUAGCCUCCACGAGGGGUGGGGUCAGCUUUCAUUAGAGGCAUUACAUGGAAGUGGUGCUAUUGACAUGCGAUUUUACUGGAUCAGGCCAUUGGUGUAGUUAGUCCACUAUCCCCAACCAGAGCAGAGAUUGUGUGGAGCUAGCCUAGUCUCCUCCCUCUGCAGCGGCCAAGCCCACAGGCCCUAGAAGGAGAUCUUGUCGCCAUGGUGCUUUCUUGUGCACUGUUUGGUAGAUCUCUGACCCUUAGAGCUUCUGACUUAGUGGGUGUGCUCUGCCCUGUUGCAGUCUCUUCUGUCACAUUGCAGUUGUCCUUUUUUGUAUUUUUUUUUUAUUAUUUUUUUUUGUACGUCAGGUAAAUUCAGCACAACGGGGGAAGAGGAAGGCUGGGAAGCUAUACUUUAAAGUGGCCACUGAUUUUGGAUGUUUCAGUGUUGGGUUCAUGAGCCACCCUGGGCUUAAUUCUCAGAGCUGCUGCUCCCCCCCAGUGUCUCCUGACUGCACAUGGAGAUUUGUGUGCUCAGCACCUCUGAGUGGUGGGGGGGCCAGGUUGUCUCAAGUUCGGUGCUUCUGGCUCAACUGUUUUAUCUAAUUCUAAUCUCCUUCCUGCGGGAAACGGCUGUGCUGCAGGGCAACGCUGCCCAGUGCAGGGCAAGGGCUGACUGCCUUUGGAGAAUGAACGCUGGGGAAGCUCUGCUGCCAACAUUUGAAAGCACCCCCACUGGGCCUUGCUCAGCAUCUUGGGGGGGCGAGGGGGUGGUAUAUGGAGCCGCUGCCUCAAAGCACUGUCAGAUGGGGAGCUGUGUGGAGAAGGGGGGAGGGAAGAUGAGGGUAUUGCCUGAACUAAUGGCACAUCCUCAACACUGCAUGCAGGGCAGGACACCUCCAGUUCAGUGACAGCCUCUGGAAGAUGAGAAGGACCAGGGAAGGGGGCAAGAACAGAGGAAACAAUUUCAGCCAAUGUAGUAUGGAGAAGAGUAAGCAGAGCCAGGAAGCCUGGGGGAUAGAGGGAAAGCACAAGGCACUCCUCUUUGUUCCUGGACUGCACCAAAGGGUAAUGUGGCAGUAAGCUUUCAGUACAACAGAACCUGUGGAACUCACUGCCUCAGGAUAUUUGUAUGAUAACUAGCUAAACAACUAUUAAUAAAAAUAGCAACUGCAGGUAAA